AGACCGGAACUUUGCAAUAAUCUGAAAUUUUCUCUUUUUGUUUAAUAAAAAAAAUGCUAUUGAAGUUUAACGGAAUUUUGACUCAGUCAGAGUAACGUAAAUAAAAAGGGCAAAACUGGACCGUUGUAUAUUAAUCCCAAAAUUAAAAAACUCCCCUGGUCAGAUCACAUGAUGAGGCUGCUCACGAGAACAUUCCGUUCUGUGAAACACCCAAAUCCAAACCCUAAUUGCCUAAAACCAUCAUCGUCGUUGUCGUCAGAAUCCAGUCCCAUUGCAAAAUCAAAACUAAAACCAUGGUGCGUAUACCUAAUUCUUUCCACUAAUGCCCCUAUCAAAACCUAUAUCGGUGUCACCAUCGAUUUUUCUCGCCGUUUGAAACAACAUAAUGGUGAACUAAAGGGUGGUGCAAAAGCAUCCCGUGCUGGACGGCCAUGGGUUUGCGCCUGCCUAAUUCGAGGUUUCAGGGACCAAAGUGAAGCUUGUGAGUUUGAAUCCAAAUGGAAAAGAUUCUCAAGAGAACUGCCUCGCAAAAGGAAGAAUAAUGACUUGACAAAGGAGGUUGAUGAAUGCUCCCUAGCAUUAUUGCAACACAGGAAAAAAGCUCUAAAUAGGGUUAAAUGUUCGUUGGAUUGCAGUCACUUAGAAAUUGAGUGGCAAUUGAACACUUCCUAACUUAAUAUCAGCCAUUGUCCAUAAGUUUUGUCAUAAAUUUAUGUUGUUAUGCUUUGUAAAAUGUUAUAGAAUUAGGAAGAGCUGAUUGUUAAUGGUACAAAAUCAUUGAAUAUGUAAUAAUAAUUGUUAUAAAUACCAUGAUUAUUUAAGUAAUCCAUUUCUUUUCUUGCAUUACCUUGUCCUGAUUG